UCAAGAAUCUCCAAGUCAUGAAGACUAGCCUCUUUCUGUUUGCUGCUUUCUUCUUUCUCACUCCAGCCGAGAAUGCGUUUUUUGAUGAGAAAUGCUACCAGCUCAAAGGGAGAUGCAUGGAUCAUUGUAAGAAAAAUGAAGAGCUUGUGGCUCUGUGCCAGAAGUCUCUGAAAUGCUGUCUGACGCUGCAGCCCUGUGGGAAGAUUAAAUUUGAUGACUGAAUCUGGAGACCUAGGCUCUCAGAGGAGCAUGGAGGACACAGCUGCUGCUGUUCACUCUGGCCUCUGCCGUCAGCAGACACGUCACCAGAAAUAAAG